AACGUCACUUCCUUUCUAUGUGUCUUCUUCGGGUACACGUUCAAAGGCGCAAAGUGGGACGCCACGUAGCCUACACAUUACGCAGAUCAAACUUUGGAAGAAGAAUUCUCGGGGAAGACUUUCUCAGGUGACCUUUGUUUCUGAAAGUUUUACAAGGAUUGGAUACAUUUAAGGGGAGGGGAGAUUAGCCUACCUAUUGCAAGCACUGCUAGUUGUUAAAAGUUGUUCCAGCGGAAGACAAGGACCACACGUCAGUCGAGCACAAAAGUUUUCGGAUACAGUGAAGGAACAUGAGCCAAACAUCUGAACAGCAGCAGCAGGAUGAAGCUUACCUCCAAGGUGAACCUGGCGAUGCCAGUAAGGACCACCCUCAGCCCCAGGCUGGCAUGUUCUCGCGUGUAGCUGGCGGGUUAUUCAGCGUCACCAAGGGUGCUGUCGGAGCAACGGUGGGAGGUGUUGCCUGGAUCGGCGGCAAGAGCCUGGAUCUGACCAAGACUGCGGUCACCUCUGUGGCAGCUGUCCCAGCCAUGGGGGUGGGGCUUGUCAAAGGGGGUGUGUCUGCAGUUGCUGGGGGUGUGAGUGCCGUCGGCUCUGCUGUUGCCAGCAAAGUUCCUGGCGGAGGAGGGAAGAAGAAGGACAAGUCCGAUUGAGCUGCCUGGCCAUGGGCGGUGGAAAGGAGAACUCUGAGGAAACUGCAAGGCUUUGCUGUUUUUGUUUUGUGGUGGGGUUUCCAAUGACCUGGACCAUGAGCGUGUGUGUGUGCACCUCAACUCCCAACACCAUGUCUUUGUAUAGGGGUCUUCUGUCCUACAGCGCAGGGGCCCCCUGUAUUUGCCUGUAAUAACCAUCACCACAGACUGUUGGAGCAUUACAUUGAAUGCUGUUGUAUUUUAAGCCAAAGGGUUCUUUGGAAACAGUGCCAUCUUCCAAACAUUAUUGUAAACAAGUAUUGAAUGAGCCUUUUGUUGUUGUUGUGGUUGUUGAUGGUGAUGAUGAGCAUCAUUUCAUUUGUGUGAAGAGUAUCAUACAUAUAUAUUUUUUGUCUCUCUCUUGAUGUACGUUCUGUGGACUCCAGCUCAGCUGUCUCAUGCUGUUGGCGUGUGCUCCAGGUGAGGGGUGGAUCUCUGAAAUCAGACCCAACUUUGCGCAUCGCUCUUGGGAGCGAACUUGGGAGGCGGCAGCCGGGUGGGAGGUAAUGGCCGCUCUCCAUCUUCCUGAUUGAUUCUGUUGCGGAGAUUGCUGACGGGGUGUCUGCCCGGCUCCCGCGGAGUGCCCUGCUGCCCGCUCCCUCAGGGAGGGCAACCCCUCCGCGUGUCACCGCUCAAGUGCUGACAGACGGUGUCAAACUCUUGCCUUUUGUUGGCUCUUCUCUAUAGCCACAUUCACAGACAUUCUGUACUAAUGAAUGAGUACUCCUUACUGUUUUCUUCCUACCAGAAAUUGAAAAAAAGAUUUUGGUCAGACAGUCCCUGUGCGAAUGAGACUAUUAUCAGUAGCCAUGCUGAAUAUCUCCUUGUCCCCUGGGCUCUUGAACACAGCAUUAUGUUUGCUUGGGGACUAAGACGUUACACAAGGGAGAGCUCUGUGCAAAUUGUACUAAUUUUCUUGGCAGAGAUGAUAACAAGUUGGAAGUUCUGUAGUGACCUAAAUGCUUUUCCAGUUCAAUCAAGGAUGAGACUGAGAAAUAUCAGAGCCUGGUCUUUGUCUGGAUUCUAUAAAUAAUUGUACACUUUUAAAAAAGCCGAAGAACAUGAUAGUUUAAUCACAUGAAUCAAGAAUACUGUUGUUGGCAGUUGAAAUUACAUAUAUUUUCAUAAUUUGAACACUGCCGGCAACACAUUUGUAUUUUGCUAGGAAUUAUAUUUGGUAGUUUUUUUUUUUUCCCUCUGCAUUUUGAUGCCUGUAUUCUUAAACCUUGAAGCAUCUUCUUGCAGUGGGAAAGAAAUGACCUUUCAGUGAAGAAGCGGGAUGUGUCUGAUUGUGUGCAGUGAAAGGAGGAGUGCACAGCCAAUGGAAGCCGCUGUCCUCUGCAGCUGAUGUACAACAGGGCUUUCAUAUGAAAAUGUGAAAGGUGAAAUCCCACAAAAUAUUCCUCCAGUGCCUGAGUGAAAUAAAACAUUGUAAAAUGAA